UAUGGAUAUGACUCUCUUGCAAGAAGUGCAAAUAGAACAAGGCAUCCUUUUAUUUGUCACAUACAUUACACCCGAAUUAUACGAGUGGUUUCAAGAUGACUACAACUGGGAGACUACCUUACGACUUGUUCCACUUCGCCAACAACUCGAGUUGAGGAAUAUGGCUGAUCAUUCUGCCAAAGUCAAGAGGCUUAUAACACGGUUGUUCUUGACGCUAACCCUUAAUUAUGUUAUCCACAACCAUGAAAAUGACCCAUGGGAGCCUCUCAUAUUUUCCUACAAUAAGUACGGGAAACCACUGGUACCGGAGGCGAGUAUUUCAUUUAAUUCUAGCACCUCCAACCAUACCAUUUGCAUAGUUAUCAACAACAUAGGGAACAUGGCUCCUAUAGGGGUGGACUUAUCACAUGAGCAGCAGAAAAUCGACAAACUGACGGUUUUGGAAGACUUCAAGGCAAUUUUUCACUCGUCUGAGAUUACCCAGCUACAAGGUGUACCUGAUACCAGUCUACAAUAUAAGAUGUUUAAUCAGUUUUGGACUCUUAAAGAAGCAUUUACAAAAUACUUGGGGUAUGGGUUAAACGUAGAUUUGGGGAGUUUCUGGUUCGAUUUGCAUAACGAGCAAGUCAUAGACGUCCCAAACUCAGCCACAGAGUUCUACAGAGCCAUACACAACGAUAAAGACCAAAAUAGACGCAACGCUGUCCCGUUUGAAAUCUCAUGGCACACAAAUAUCUCUGUGGAUACUAGAAAUCUACAGCUUCCUUCCACUGCACGUGAGAACGAUCUAGGAAACAUAUCGCUUAUAUGUCAGUCAGGAGUACUCCUCAAUUCCCUGACCAAAGCUCACACCUUACCUGUCAUUAUUUCCCUCAUUUCUGAUGGGCGAGUCAGCCACCAGAAUCGGAUCCACACCUUCAAUUACCAUAUAGACUUGCAUAGAAUCCUCAGUAACAACCACGCUUGAUGGCAGACUAUCUGAAAUCCGCACUAAAAAAGAUUUAAACAAGGUAAGCGCUUUAGCUACUCAUCAGCACUACAAUUUACACGCAGUAU